GAAUAAUUUCUCUUUAUACCUUCUUUCCCUUGGUUCGAAAUUUGAAUUCAUUUAUUUUUUUCAACAUUUUGAUUUGAGAUUACAGAUGUAUACAUAAACAUGGUCUUCAGAAAUCCAGGAAUAAGUCUUCGUAUACGUGCAAAUUGUUCUCGUAUUUUUAGUGCUUGUAAGAACCUAUCUUCGUUCUCCGAUACUCCUUCGUCUGAAUUGUAUAAUAAAUCUGUUGCUUUUGAAGGUAAGUUUAAUUGUAUUCAAGAACACCCAAGUAGAAUUGAAGUUGUAAAGAAAGAAGUAGAUGAUGUGUGUGGCAUCUUAGAGAGUGGUCCGUGGGGACCCGCCAUUGAAAACGCUCUGUCUUCGCUCAAGGAGAAGCCUCAACCCGGUUUGGUCAUUGGAGUUUUGAGGAAGUUGAAGGAUGUUAAUCAAGCAAUAAACUAUUUCAGAUGGACCGAGAGGAGAACCGACCAAGCACAUUGUCCGGAAGCGUACAAUUUGCUUCUCAUGGUGAUGGCUCGGAAUAAGAAGUUUGAUUGCCUGGAACAGGUUCUUGGAGAGAUGAGUGUUGCGGGAUUCGGCCCAUCGAAUAACACUUGCAUCGAGAUGGUUGUUAGCUGUGUCAAGUUCCAAAAGUUAAGAGAAGCUUUUAAUAUUAUACAGACGAUGCGGAAGUUCAAAUUCCGGCCAGCCUUUUCGGCUUAUACCACUCUGAUCGGUGCUUUAUCUGCUGUGUUUGAAUCUGAUCUUAUGCUCACUCUGUUUCAUCAGAUGCAGGAGCUGGGUUAUGAAGUUAGUGUCCAUUUGUUUACUACUCUUAUUCGUGUGUUUGCCAAGGAAGGUCGGGUUGAUGAUGCUAUUUCUCUGUUAGAUGAGAUGAAGAGCAACUCUUUUGAAGCCGAUGUUGUUCUUUAUAAUGUCUGCAUAGACUGCUUUGGUAAGGUAGGUAAGGUGGAUAUGGCAUGGAAAUUCUUUCAUGAGAUGAAAGCACAAGGCCUAGUGCCUGACGACGUGACUUUCACGAGCAUGAUUGGUGUUUUAUGCAAAGCCAAUAGGCUGCAAGAAGCUGUAGAAUUAUUUGAGCUGAUGGAGCAGGAUCGAAAGGUCCCCUGUGCUUAUGCUUAUAACACCAUGAUCAUGGGUUAUGGCUCAGUAGGAAAGUUUGACGAAGCAUACAGUUUACUAGAAAGACAGAAGGCGAAGGGGUCGAUUCCGAGUGUGAUCUCAUAUAACUGCAUUCUAACUUGCCUUGGGAAGAAGGGGAAAGUGCAGGAAGCAUUGAAGGUCUUUGAGGAGAUGAAGAAAGAUGCCAUGCCAAACCUUCCAACUUAUAACAUUCUCAUAGACAUGCUUUGUAAGGAAGGCAAUCUUGAGGAUGCUUGGAGGAUUCAGGAUGCCAUGAAAGAAGCUGGCAUGUAUCCCAAUGUUAUUACUGUAAACAUAAUGAUCGAUCGACUGUGUAAAGCACAAAAACUCGAUGAGGCUAUUUCUAUAUUUGAAGGGAUGGAUCAUAAAGUUUGCUGCCCUAACGAGGUUACGUUUUGCUCCCUUAUAGAUGGCUUGGGCAAGCAUGGCAGAGUAAAUGAUGCCUACAGACUUUACGAGAAGAUGCUGGAUUCUGGUAAGAUCCCAAAUGUGGUUGUAUAUACAUCCCUCAUUAGGAACUUCUUCAAAUAUGGCAGGAAGGAGGAUGGUCAUAAGAUAUACAAAGAAAUGCUGCGUAGGGGAUGCGCCCCCGAUCUUAUGCUCCUCAAUACCUACAUGGAUUGUGUUUUUAAAGCCAGAGAAAUUGAGAAGGGUAGGGCUUUGUUUGAGGAAAUAAAGGCUCAAGGUUUUGUUCCAGAUGUGCAAAGCUAUUCAAUCCUGAUACAUUGCCUUGUGAAAGCAGGUUUUGCACAUGAAACCUAUCAAUUAUUUCAUGCGAUGAAGGAGCAAGGCUGUGUUUUGGACACCCGUGCUUACAACACCGUGAUUGAUGGAUUCUGUAAGUCAGGUAAGGUUAACAAAGCUUAUCAGCUGCUAGAGGAAAUGAAGUCAAAUGGUCACCAGCCCACUGUUGUAACGUAUGGUUCCGUCGUCGAUGGUCUUGCUAAGAUUGAUAGGCUUGAUGAAGCAUACAUGCUUUUCGAAGAAGCAAAAGCACAGGGCAUAGAGUUGAAUUUGGUUAUCUAUAGUAGUCUUAUUGAUGGGUUCGGGAAAGUCGGGAGAAUAGACGAAGCAUAUCUAAUCUUGGAAGAGCUGAUGCAGAAGGGUUUGACUCCUAAUGUAUAUACAUGGAAUUGCUUGCUCGAUGCUCUGGUGAAAGCGGAAGAGGUUGAUGAAGCCCUUGUCUGCUUCAAAUCUAUGAGAGAAUUGAACUGUGUUCCCAACCAUAUUACUUAUAGCAUUCUCAUAAACGGUCUUUGCAAAAUCAGAAAAUUCAAUAAGGCCUUCGUGUUUUGGCAAGAGAUGGAAAAGCAACAGUUAAAACCGAACAUUAUCACUUACACCACCAUGAUCUCUGGACUCGCAAAGGCCGGUAAUGUCGCGGAAGCACACGGACUCUUUCAGAGAUUUAAGGCUAACGGGGGUAUACCUGAUUCCGCGUGCUAUAAUGCCAUCAUAGAGGGGUUAAGCAAUGCGAGUAGGGCAAUGGAUGCAUAUAAACUUUUCGAAGAAACUCGACGGAAAGGCUGUAACAUUCAUACCAAAACCUGUGUUGUGCUUCUAGACGCACUGCACAAAGCUGAAUGUCUUGAGCAGGCAGCUAUCGUGGGGGCUGUGUUGAAGGAAACAGCAAAGUCUCAACAUGCUUCGAAGCAUUGGUAACAUGUUUUUUCGGUUUGGUGUCGGAGAAAUCAAUUAACGCACAAUGAGGCGAUCUCGCUCAAUGUUGCCUGUAGAACAAUGUAGUGGGGCUGGACAACAUCACUAGCAACCCACUUCUAUAGAUGAACUUAAGCAAAGGCUCGAUACGGAUCCUUUUUUGUUCCGGAAUUUCAAAUAUAGGAUACUAGCUAUGAAAACCGAUCCGGUCGAAACCUUUUCUUUGGCAAAAUGUUAUUCCGGUGACUGAUAUGAAUCGAUAUAGGUGCUCUCUGGCCGAAGCCAUUGCUAUAUGCAUCAUGGAGGAUUGAGAAGACAGAUUCCCCAAAACCAGCAGCCACUGCGAAGACAGACCCUUUUUAUAUUUCGAUUAUUUUACAGUUUUGUUUUGUAUUUUUGGUAUAAUCCAACCAAAAACCAGACAUUUCAUCUUGGGGUCUUGUUUGUUUUAUUCGUUGAAGUUUCCCCCUUGAGCACAUUGUAAGCAUGAAAAUCUUACCAGCUUCGGGUUCAUAUAGG